AUGCGCUUCACUAUCAUCAGUCCUCCGAUUUCAAUGGAGGUUUUGCAGUUACCGAGGUUGUCGCCGGAGAUUCCUUUCAGUUUUCAUCCGACACCAUUGAAAUUUUCAAAUCGUAGUAGAAUCAACUUUCUCCGUCCAUUGUCAGCAAUCAGCGAUUCUCGAUCCGAUGCACCAAAUUCAGAAUCCCGGAAUCGGAUGUUCAUCCUCGGGAUGGGAUUCGUCGGAGGGUUUUUUGCAAAAAAACUCAAAGAAGCAGACUGGGUGGUUUCAGGGACUUGCAGGAGUGAUUCGAAGAAACAAGAAUGGGAGAUGAGAGGAAUUGAUCUUCAGCUAUUUUCUGCAGAUUCACCUGAAUGGAAUGUGCUAGAAACAGUGAAAGAUUACACACACCUUCUCAUUUCCAUUCCACCUUUGGCAGACAUUGGUGAUCCGAUGUUGCGGAAUGUAGAACUUGUCAGAGACAAGCUUUCGAGUGGGAAUCUUCGUUGGCUUUGUUAUCUCUCAUCAACAAGUGUUUAUGGAGAUUCUGGUGGUGCUUGGGUCAAUGAAGAUCACCCUCCAAAUCCGAAAACUCAGUCAGCCAAACUGAGGUUAGCUGCAGAGGAAGGAUGGUUAAGAUUGGGUCGUGAUCUUGAGGUAUCGACUCAAGUCCUUCGACUUGGAGGUAUCUAUGGACCUGGGAGAAGUGCGAUUGAUACCUUGUUAAAGCAGGAGAAUUUGUCUCAAGGUCAAAGGAAAAGAGCGGCCAGGAAAUACACGUCGAGAGUCCAUGUUGAAGACAUAUGCCAAGCUCUUCAAGCUUCCAUUGAAAAGCCAAGAUCAGGGGAGGUGUACAACGUAGUUGAUGAUGAUCCAGCACCAAGAGAAGAGGUGUUUCAAUAUGCAUUGGAGUUGAUUGAGAAACGUUGGGAAAGGAGUAUCGAAACUAAACCAUUUCUGUAUGAAUCUCGGGAGGAGAGUUCGUUGAGAGGCGAGAAACGAGUCAGCAACGAGCAAAUGAAGAAGAAACUAGGAGUGAAAUUGAUAUAUCCUUCUUACAAGUCAGGAUUGCAAAGCAUAGUGGAGAAGAUGGACAACCCUUUUUGA